GCGGCCCAGCCCUGGCGCUUUCUGAUUGGCUCAGACUUGGCCCCUCGCACUUUCGCUUCCGGGUGAGAGGUGCUUGGUCGCCCCGGCAACCGAGUCGCCCUCUGCGCUAGGUUCCCCUGUACGCCGCGGAGCUGGCGACUCAGCAGGACUCGCUGAGUCCAGAAAAUGUCUCCAGCACCUCUCUGCCAAGUGAGUGGCCCCCGUCCCGACGCCCGAGCGCGGAAGGGCGCCUUAAAUUAGAACUCGCCUUGGUCCAGAGCUCAGCCCCGGGAACCCCGCUACCGGUGUAUACCUUUCCUGAGCGUCCACCCUGGGGCGGGGGCGGGGCCGGGGGUCAGGAGCCAGGGGUUCCAGCUCUGAUUCCGCGGUGGGUUUGCUGUUGUGCCGACCUCCUUGGGUUUCAGUUUCCUCUGCGCUGCCGGACGACCUCAGUCUCUUAGGUCCUUCUCUUAGCUCUAACAUUCCAAGGUUUCGAAUGUGGAACCAUUUAAGAGCAAUUGAAAACAGCUGAAGAAGUAUAUAAGAUAAACUUUAUAUUUCCAAAUGGAGACAAGUAUGAUGGUGAUUGUACAAGAACACCUUUUGGAAUUGUCGAGAGAAAUGGAAUAGGUGUUCAUACCACUCCUAAUGGGAUUAUCUACACAGGAAACUGGAAAGAUGACAAGAUGAACGGUUUUGGAAGACUUGAACAUUUUUCAGGAGCAGUCUAUGAAGGAUACUUUAAGGACAAUAUGUUUCAUGGACUGGGGACUUACAUAUUCCCAUCUGGGGCAAAGUAUACUGGAAAUUUCAAUGAAAAUAGGGUGGAAGGUGAAGGACAAUAUACUGAUAUCCAAGGACUAGAAUGGUGUGGUACCUUUCAUUUCACAGCUGCUCCAGGCCUGAGACUAAAGCUCCACAUGUAGAUUUUCUGCAUUCAAAUUUAAUGUAGUAAUUGAAGAUUUAGUUGUAAGGAAACCAAAUCUGUCAUGUGAAAUAACUUCAUACACUACUUCUAUAUUAUAAUAUUGCCAAUAAAAUCAUCAUUCACUUAUGCCUUCUUUAUUUAUUUUCAUUAUCUUAUAAUUAGUUCAAAUUAUGUGAUUCA